AUGACCGGCAACAGACCCUACAGCAUAGCUGUCUUCCACGAAUCAGUCCAAUUCAGCGACCUUCUCCCCGUCGACCUGCUAGGCACCCUCUCCGUAGCCUACAUCGACGCAGCAAUCCAGAACUUCCCCGAUGCACCCUUCCUCCAACCCCUCCGCGAACAAGCUCUCGACCUCACAGUCCACUGGGUCGCCUCAACUCUCGACCCAACCAAGACCGUCCCAGGAGCCAACCUCUCAAUCGCACCAACCCACACCUACGGAACAUGCCCCCUCGACGUUGACAUGCUCUUCAUCGCCGGCCCUCAUCUCAACGUUCGACCGCCAGGAAGCCUGGAGUACAUCCGCAAAUUCGUCGCCGCGAAGAAAGGCAUUCUCAUGACGACCUGCACCGGAGGGCUCUGGGCGGCUUCCGCGGGGGUCUUCAAAGGCCGGAAGGUGACCACGAAUCGUGGCGCGCUGCCAGCAGCUGGUCAAUUGCAUCCGGAGGCUGAGUGGGUUGACAAGCGCUGGGUUGUGGAUGAGAAGCCUGGGGAGACGACGCUUUGGACGAGCGGCGGUGCGUUCGCUGGGGCGGACAUGGCGAGUGUGUUUGCCAGGAGGGAGUUUUCCAAGGAGAUGGUAGAGUUUAUGCUGUCUUCGUUGGAUCAUUCGAUUGAGGGUAGAGGCGAGGAAUAUUAG